AUGUGGACCUCCCGAAUCCAGCAAACUGCUUUCUGUCACAAGACCUAUUCGACGCCAAAGUGGAUCUCGAACUUUGACAUUGAUGGGCCAGCUAAUGAUCGGUACCUGGCGGUUGCAGUUACUAGUUCGAGAGUGCGUCGGCUGAACUCCGGCCUAUCUGAAUCCCCGCUUCUCCAAUAUGGGGCUGCGGGGGCUCGAGCUGCGGUUUUGGGAACAUGUCACCGUACUCUGACCAAGAACCAAGUCAAAUAA